UACAUAGCCAUGUAUGGACGGCAAACGAUAUUUUUGGACCUAGCCGUUUAUAAAACCACCAGAGCUAGCGUAUACCAUGUUCAUUAACACAAUCACAGGAUCAGCAGCCACACAGCCGCAGACCGUCCGACAUUUUUUCAUUGCAACAAGCAAAUAAAAUCAAAUCAGCAAAAUGUGUGACGACGAUGUAGCAGCUUUGGUAGUCGACAACGGCUCCGGUAUGUGCAAGGCUGGUUUCGCUGGAGAUGAUGCUCCCCGUGCCGUGUUCCCAUCCAUUGUUGGUAGACCCCGUCAUCAGGGAGUCAUGGUCGGUAUGGGACAAAAAGACAGCUAUGUAGGUGAUGAAGCUCAGAGCAAAAGAGGUAUCCUUACUUUAAAAUACCCAAUUGAACACGGUAUUAUCACCAACUGGGAUGAUAUGGAAAAAAUCUGGCAUCACACUUUCUACAAUGAAUUGCGUGUUGCUCCAGAAGAACACCCAAUCCUAUUAACCGAAGCCCCAUUGAACCCAAAAGCUAACCGUGAAAAGAUGACCCAAAUUAUGUUUGAAACAUUCAACACCCCAGCUAUGUACGUCGCUAUCCAGGCUGUGCUAUCUUUAUACGCAUCCGGUCGUACCACUGGUAUUGUUUUAGAUUCUGGUGAUGGUGUUUCACACACUGUACCUAUCUAUGAAGGUUAUGCCUUGCCUCACGCUAUUCUUCGUUUGGACUUGGCUGGUCGUGAUUUAACCGAUUACCUUAUGAAAAUCUUGACUGAGAGGGGUUACAGCUUCACCACUACUGCUGAAAGAGAAAUCGUCCGUGACAUUAAGGAGAAAUUGUGUUAUGUUGCCUUGGACUUUGAACAAGAAAUGGCUACAGCUGCCGCUUCCACCUCAUUGGAGAAAUCCUACGAAUUGCCCGAUGGACAGGUCAUCACUAUUGGAAAUGAACGUUUCCGUUGUCCAGAAGCUUUGUUCCAACCUUCCUUCUUGGGUAUGGAAUCGUGUGGUAUUCAUGAAACUGUAUACAACUCCAUUAUGAAGUGCGAUGUUGACAUCAGGAAGGACUUGUACGCUAACACUGUAUUGUCUGGAGGUACUACCAUGUAUCCAGGUAUUGCCGACAGAAUGCAAAAAGAAAUCACCGCCUUGGCACCAAGUACGAUCAAAAUCAAGAUUAUUGCUCCACCUGAACGUAAAUACUCUGUCUGGAUCGGUGGUUCUAUCUUGGCUUCUCUUUCCACCUUCCAACAGAUGUGGAUUUCCAAGCAAGAAUAUGACGAAUCCGGCCCAGGAAUUGUCCACCGUAAAUGUUUCUAAUCCAAUAACUUCCCUCAACUCACAAAAUCAAAAUUACAAUCACGCUUUAUGUUCAUUUAUAUUGAAAAAACAUUGUUUUUUCAUUUUGUACAUAUCGAGACGAUUCACGUCGUUUUACACGGGGAUAAAGUAACAGUUAAACUUUUGGGAAAAAAAUUGUAUUUAUUAGCGCGUUAAUCGUUUCGAAAUAAACGUUUCUAUACUAUAUAA